GGCAGCCUUUUGACGCGGGCUCAUCUUAAAACUCACCAAUCAGCGCUCUCUCGCUUGGAUAAAACCCGCAGCUCGCAAGGAUCGAGACAUUCGCAUCAAGAGGAUAACGAAAAUGGCAAGAACCAAGCAGACAGCUCGUAAGUCUACCGGAGGAAAGGCUCCAAGGAAGCAGCUGGCCACUAAGGCAGCCCGCAAAAGUGCCCCUGCCACCGGCGGUGUCAAGAAACCUCAUCGCUACAGGCCCGGCACCGUGGCCCUGCGUGAGAUCCGCCGCUACCAGAAGUCCACCGAGCUGCUCAUCCGCAAACUGCCCUUCCAGCGCCUGGUGAGGGAGAUCGCCCAGGACUUCAAGACCGACCUGCGUUUCCAAAGUUCAGCCGUCAUGGCUCUGCAGGAGUCUAGCGAGGCUUAUCUGGUGGGUCUCUUUGAGGACACCAACUUGUGCGCCAUUCACGCCAAGCGGGUAACCAUCAUGCCCAAAGACAUCCAGCUCGCCCGCCGCAUCCGAGGCGAAAGAGCAUAAGUUUUAACAAACCAACCACAACGGCUCUUUUAAGGGCCACCACAUCGGCAACUAAGAAUAUCAUUCCAUUAUGUCAGACGAAGUAACAAAGACAUCCAUAAUUGCACAAGAUGUAUUUGGUUAAAAUAAAUGACACAUGUAAAUAAAUCCCAAACUUUUGUCAAAGCCAUUAUCGAACAAAAUGUAUCUUCUAA